ACCAUGAAGUUCAACGGGUACAUGAAGGUGCGCAUCGGCGAGGCGGUGGGGCUGCAGCCCACCCGCUGGUCGCUCAGGCACUCGCUCUUCAAGAAGGGGCACCAGCUGCUGGACCCCUACAUCGCCGUGAGCGUGGACCAGGUGCGCGUGGGCCAGACCAGCACCAAGCAGAAGACCAACAAGCCCACGUACAACGAGGAGUUCUCCACGGCCGUCACCGACGGGUGUCAGCUGGAGCUGGCCGUCUUCCACGGCACCCCCAUCGGCUACGACGACUUCGUGGCCAACUGCACCGUGCGCUUCCACGACCUCCUCCAUGGCCCGGGGUCAUCGGACAGCUUCGAAGGCUGGGUGGACCUGGAACCAGAAGGAAAAGUGUUUGUGGCAGUAACGCUCUCAGGCAGCUUUACUGAAGGAACUCUCCAGAGGGAAAGAAUUUUUAAAAACUUCACCCGGAAGCGCCAGCGGGCCAUGCGCAGGCGGGUCCACCAAGUCAACGGGCACAAAUUCAUGGCGACUUACUUGCGGCAACCGACGUACUGCUCACACUGCCGGGAAUUUAUCUGGGGAGUAUUUGGAAAGCAAGGAUACCAGUGCCAAGUUUGCACGUGUGUUGUGCACAAGCGUUGCCACCAUCUCAUCGUUACAGCUUGCACGUGCCAAAACGACAGCAAAAAGAUGGAUGCAAAGAUUUCUGAACAGAGGUUUGGAAUCAACAUCCCGCACAAGUUCAGAAUCCACAAUUACAAAGUGCCCACUUUCUGCGACCACUGCGGCUCCUUGCUCUGGGGCAUUAUGCGGCAAGGCCUGCAGUGCAAAAUAUGCAAAAUGAAUGUACAUAUACGAUGCGAAGCCAACGUGGCACCCAACUGCGGUGUGAAUGCAGCGGAACUGGCGAAAACGCUGGCAUGCAUGGGGCUGCAGCCAGGAAAUAUUUCUCCAAACGGGAAACUGGUCUCAAGGUCAACACUCAGGCGCCAAAAGAAGGAAAGCACGAAGGACGGUAACAAUGUGGCCAAAGUCUCGACAAGCAAGCUCAAGAUUGAGGAUUUAAUAUUCAUCCGAGUGCUGGGAAAGGGCAGUUUUGGAAAGGUCAUGCUCGCCAAAACAAAAGAGACGGGGUACCUCUAUGCCAUCAAAGUGCUGAAAAAAGAUGUGAUACUUCAGGAUGAUGAUGUGGAAUGCACCCUGACGGAGAAGCGGAUCCUGACCUUGGCACGCAACCACCCCUUCCUCACCCAGCUUUUCUGCUGCUUCCAGACCGCUGAUCGUCUCUUCUUUGUCAUGGAGUUUGUGAACGGAGGUGACUUGAUGUUCCACAUCCAGAAAUCCCGUCGUUUCGAUGAAACCCGAGCCCGAUUCUAUGCUGCCGAAAUCAUCUCGGCCCUCAUGUUCCUCCAUGAGAAAGGCAUCAUUUACAGGGAUCUGAAACUGGACAACGUGUUACUGGAUCAUGAGGGCCAUUGCAAGCUGGCGGACUUUGGCAUGUGCAAAGAAGGGAUCCAUGACGGAAUCACCACGGCAACCUUCUGUGGAACGCCGGACUAUAUCGCCCCAGAGAUUUUGCAGGAGAUGCUCUACGGUCCCGACGUUGACUGGUGGGCGAUGGGCGUGCUGCUCUACGAGAUGCUUUGUGGCCACGCCCCCUUUGAGGCGGAAAACGAGGACGACCUUUUUGAGGCCAUUCUCAAUGACGAAAUUGCCUACCCCACCUGGCUCCCAGAAGAUGCAGUGGAAAUCCUGAAAGCCUUCAUGACGAAGAACCCGAAAAUGCGCCUAGGCAGUAGUUCCAUGGGUGGGGAGCGAGCUAUCCUUCUGCACCCGUAUUUUAAGGACCUGGAUUGGGACCUGCUAAACCAGCGCCAGAUCGAGCCACCCUUCCACCCUCGAAUUAAAUCAAACGAGGAUGUGAGCAACUUUGAUCCUGAAUUUUUAAAGGAGGAACCUAUCCUAACCCCCAUCGAAGAUGGAAUUCUUGCUAUGAUCAACCAAGAAGAAUUUAGAAACUUUUCUUAUACAGACCCAGAAUUAGAGUCUUAGCCGCACCUGAGGGUGCUGACCGUCUCCUCAGCCUGUUGAGGAAGACCUGUUGCUUCGGACUGCCUGUUUCGCUGGGAGAUCCUGCAAGGAGUGUUGGAUUACGCAUUGCAGCCAAGAGGAGCACAGCUUGCGGGAUCCUGAUGCGGCAGGAGCACCUCUCGGAUUGCUUGAAGAACAAGCGUUGGUAGCCAAGCAGUGAAUUUCCUCUGUGUGGAACGGGUAGGUGCGGAAAGGAGAGUUCGCUUGGCUCCAGGUGGCUGCUGGAAGUGAAACUUUGCUGUGACAUCUGGGUCAUUUUCACGAGAAUGACAUCAGCUGUGAGCCAACUGGAUCUUUAUACAGCACUGCUACCUGGCAAAACAGAAACAGGAGAACAUGAGGGGCACAGGACUCACCUGUGGCAGCAGCAUGGCCAAAAUUGCUUCUUCCCUCCGGGCAACGGGGUCCAUUGGAAACAUGUUCGAAACCAGGUGUCUGUGUGCCAACUGACAGAAACCCGAAACUGGAAAAACCAGCCAAGGGAAGUGACCCUUUGAUGCGGAUGCUUUGGAAUGCCAAGACUCCAGUCCCAUUGGAUGCAGCUCAGCAGAUCGAAGGGGACCAACUGCGUGCGUCGCUGUUAGAUCAGCCGCUCACACAUGUCGGCGAGCACGUGUGUGUAGGGUGGCCACAUGCAAAUCGCCGAAAAGGAGGAUGUUGGUUGCAUGGCACGUCUGUUUGUCCGUUAGUCAUUAUUAUUUAAAUAGAAAUUGAGUACACCCCCCCUUGGUGUGGGAAACUGACCUGCUGCCCAGAGCGCCUUUCUCCAUCCACUGUCCAGGUGCUGUUGAUGGGCAUUCCUGAGGUUUAGGGCUUCCGUCGGAUGGUCCUUGACUUGGGAUUUGGACUGGGCAGCCCUUCAAACACGACACGUUCAGAACAGAGACAGUCCUCUGGCAGCUCUUCUAAUAGAGGACUGCCCUCUGUGAAAGAGGAUGCAUGGCCUUCAUCGGUGCAUAUGCGUGUGCAUGUGCAUAUGAGUGAAAGAAGGAGAGGGUUUUCCUUGCUGAAUUGGGAUGAAAGUUGCUAGAACAGAGCCGGUCCACCCUGCUACCUCUGGGUGAUGUGAAGAGGGAAAUGUUUUCUCUUGUGUUUUGUGAAAUGCCAAGAUAAUUUGGGGCUCAUUUAA